AAAACAGACUCAAUUCAAUUCAAUUUUUUUUUUUCUUAAUUCAAUUUCAUUUCACCGUAUAUAAUUCAAUCAUUCAAUCACUUCACUUACCAACCAUACUCAAAUUCUCUCAUAACAAUGUCACAAACCACACUGAAAUCUGUAACAAUACUCACAAUUCUAAUAUUACUCCACAUAAACCCCUCAUUUCAACUCAAUAAUACUAAAAAUGUUCUUGAUUUUGAUUCUUUAACUUACAUUUGGCCACUUCCAUCCCAAUUCACUUCUGGGAAUCUCACUCUCUCCGUUGACCCUUCACUUUCUUUGACUCUUGAUUCUAAAUCGAGCUCUACUAUUGUUAAAGAUGCGUUUGAGAGAUAUAAAAAGAUUAUCUUUAAGCAUAGUGGUGGUUCCAGUUCGGUUUUUGAUUUGUUUCGGUUUAAAAGACCUGAUUUUGAUGUUACCCAUUUGAAGAUUGUCGUUUUUUCUGAUAGUGAUGAGCUUCAUCUUGGAGUUGAUGAGAGUUAUAGUUUGUUUGUGGAUAAGAAGGAUGGGCAGUCUAUUAUUGGAGAGGCUACAAUUGAGGCAAAUACUAUCUAUGGUGCAUUGCGGGGAUUGGAGACAUUCAGCCAAUUAUGUACUUUUGAUUAUGGAACCAAAUCUGUCCAAAUCCACAAGGCACCAUGGUACAUCCAAGACAAACCAAGAUUUGCAUAUCGAGGGCUUCUACUUGAUACAUCGAGGCAUUACUUACCAAUUGAUGUUAUUAAGCAGAUAAUUGAAUCAAUGACAUAUGCCAAACUUAAUGUCCUUCAUUGGCACAUUAUAGAUGAGCAAUCAUUUCCUUUAGAAGUACCAACGUAUCCAAAGUUGUGGCAAGGAUCAUAUUCAAAGUGGGAGCGAUACACGGUGGAGGAUGCUUAUGAUAUUGUAAACUUUGCCAAAAUAAGAGGCAUCAAUGUCUUGGCAGAAAUAGAUGUCCCUGGGCAUGCAGAAUCAUGGGGAGCCGGAUAUCCUGAUCUUUGGCCGUCCACUUCCUGUAAAGAGCCGCUCGAUGUUUCAAAAAAUUUCACUUUUGACGUGAUAUCUGGCAUUCUCUCAGACAUGAGAAAAAUCUUUCCUUUUGAGCUCUUCCACUUGGGUGGCGAUGAGGUUAACACAGAUUGCUGGAAAUCUACUCCACAUGUGAAGCAAUGGCUUCAAGAUCAGAACUUUACUACUAAGGAUGCAUAUCAACAUUUUGUAACUAGAGCUCAAGAGAUAGCAAUUUCAAAAGGCUGGACUCCUGUCAACUGGGAAGAAACAUUUCUUUCAUUUCCAUCACACCUUCAUCCAAGUACGAUAGUGCACAAUUGGUUGGUCGGUGGGGUUUGUGCAAAAGCUGUUGCAAAAGGUUUCCGAUGCAUAUUCAGCAAUCAAGGGUAUUGGUAUCUUGAUCAUCUAGACGUCCCUUGGUACGAAGUUUACAAUGCUGAGCCACUGGAAGGAAUAGAAAAUGCUUCUGAGCAAGAGCUUGUGCUUGGAGGAGAAGUUUGCAUGUGGGCUGAGACAGCUGAUACCUCUGUUGUUCAGCAGACAAUAUGGCCUCGAGCAGCUGCAGCUGCAGAGCGCUUGUGGAGCAGAAGAGAGGCCAACAGUACUGAAACAGCUUUACCUCGCUUUCACUACUUUAGAUGCCUAUUGAACAGGCGUGGAGUUGCAGCUGCUCCGGUCUCCAAUUUCUACGCGCGGCGACCUCCGGUUGGUCCAGGAUCAUGCUACGAGCAAUAAUUCUUCUCAUGCUAAGUUAGGUAAUUUCAUUUACCUGAAGCUAUAUAUGUGUAUUUUGUACAUGGUAAAUGCAAGCACUUGAUGCAAUUCUUUCUGUUUCUAGUUUUAAUCAUGUGUUCUUAAUAAAAUUGGUAUGAGUUUGGUGCCUUCUAUCAAUGGAAUUGGGAUGAAUGCUUCUUGUUUGCAAGAUGA